AACCUCUCACCCCCAUCCAUGGCGCCACCGCGCUAGGCCAAACCCUCACCCCCACCCACACGGGUCAACCAACCACCGCCACCACCAUGGCGCUCUCCGAGCUCCCCCUCCACCACUCCUUCCGCCUCUCCUCCCGCCCCCUCCUCCCGCUCCGCCUCCUCUCCCUCUCCCGCCCCGCCUCCUCCUCCGCCUCCCCCACCGCCGCCGCCGCCGCCGCCCCCUCCUCGUCCGGCCGCAACCGCGCCCCUCCCGCGCCCAGCCGCGGCGGCGCGCCAUGGAUGCAGAAGUGGGCCCCCGCCGACCCCUCCGCGCCCGCGCCCGCGCCCGCCCCCUCCCCGGGCCACGCGCCCUCCACCUCCAUCGACCGCAUCGUCCACCGCCUCCGCAACCUCGGCCUCGGCACCGACGACGACGAGCCCUCCUCCCCCGCCGACGCCCCGCUCGACGGCAGGGAGCGCCUCGGCGACCUGCUCGACCGCAGCUGGGCGCGCCCCGACCGCCAGUUCGCCGCCUCCGGCCUCGACGAGGCCGUCCUCCCGUGGGAGAGGGACCGGGAGAGCGACGGCGAGGAGGUGGACGGGGUCAAGAGGAAGCGGGUCAGGGCGCCCUCGCUGGCGGAGCUCACCAUGGACGACGUCGAGCUGCGCCGCCUGCGGGGCAUGGGCAUGACCCUCAAAGACCGCAUCACCGUGCCCAAGGCCGGGGUCACGCAGGCCAUCACGGAGAAGAUCCACGACGCCUGGAGGAAGUCGGAGCUGGUCCGACUCAAGUUCCACGAGGACCUCGCCAACGACAUGAAGACUGCCCAUGAGCUUGUCGAGCGGCGGACAGGAGGGCUGAUCAUAUGGAGGGCUGGGAGUGUUAUGGUUGUCUACCGCGGGAGCAAUUACACGAGGCCUCUGAAAUCUCAACCUUUUGACGGUACCUCGUCACCGAGGAAGGGUGAAGAUAGUACAUUGUUCAUCCCCGAUGGCUCGAGCACUGCUGAGAAUGAUAAUCAGGGGAAGGAUCUAACUGCUCAACAUGAUAAUGCACCCAUAUUGGAUCUGCACAAUACAGAGGACAUGACGGAAGAAGAGCUGGAGUUCAAUCAAAUGCUUGAUGAGCUGGGCCCUCGUUUCGUGGAUUGGUGGGGAACAGGAAUUUUACCUGUGGAUGCCGACUUGCUGCCUCAAACAAUUCCAGGUUAUAAAGCGCCAUUUAGAGUUCUUCCAACUGGAAUGCGCACAAGCCUUACCAACUCAGAGCUGACUAAUUUGCGAAAGUUAGCAAGGAACCUCCCUUGUCAUUUUGCUCUAGGGAGAAACCGGAAUCAUCAAGGCUUGGCCGCGGCUAUUGUUAAGCUUUGGGAGAAGAGUUUGGUGGUGAAAAUAGCUGUCAAACGUGGAAUCCAGAACACAAAUAAUAAGCUAAUGUCAGACGAAAUAAAGAAUCUAACAGGGGGUACCCUGCUUCUUCGAAAUAAAUAUUACAUUGUAAUAUAUCGUGGAAAAGACUUCCUGCCUACAUCUGUUGCUGCUGCCUUGGCUGAAAGAGAGGAGUUGACAAAAGAUAUCCAGAAUCUAGAGGAGCAGAGAAGAUCCAUUUCCAUUGAACACUCUUCGGAGGAUGGUUUUGAUGGGCAUGCUCUUGUAGGAACUCUUGCUGAAUUUCAGGAGGCGCAAGCCCGUUGGGGAAGAAAUGUAACUUCUAAGGAGCAACAAGAGAUGAAAGAAGCGUCUUUUAGAUCAGAAAAGGAAAAGCUUUUCAGAAGACUCGAACACAAGCUUUCCAUUGCUCAAGCAAAAAUACAUAGAGCAGGGAAGUUAUUAUCAAAGAUUGAAGCUUCUAUGAUCCUUGCAAACCCAUCCGAUGACCGAGAAAUGAUCACAGCUGAGGAGAGAUCUGUUUUCCGUAGAAUUGGUCUGAAAAUGAAAGCAUAUUUGCCUGUUGGAAUCCGUGGUGUCUUUGAUGGCGUCAUUGAAAAUAUGCACUUGCACUGGAAGCACAGGGAAGUUGUCAAAUUGAUUACAAAGCAAAAGACCUUGGCGUUUGUUGAGGAGACAGCACGACUUCUAGAGUAUGAGAGUGGUGGUAUACUAGUUGCAAUCGAAAGAGUUCCCAAGGGCCAUGCACUUAUUUUUUACCGUGGAAAGAAUUAUAGGAGGCCUAUUAACAUAAGGCCUAGAAAUCUCUUAACAAAGGCUAAGGCAUUGAAACGCGCAGUUGCAAUGCAACGCCAUGAGGCCCUAAGCCAGCAUAUAGAGCAACUGGAAAUCAAUAUGAAGAAGAUGAAGCGUGAUUUGGGCAUGGAGGACUACGAUGAAGAGGACGAGGAUGGAUCAGGUUCAGAAAGUGAAGACGAUACAACGGGCUAUGAUGAGGGUAUGGAGGACUACGAUAAAGAGGAAGAGGAUGAAUCAGAUUCAGAAGAUGAAGACAACUAGGUGGAAUCGCACGCUCUGCCACGGCAGUGAAUUUUUUUUUGGAUGUUCAGACAGUCUGUUUUGUGUGUUCACAAUAUGGACUACAUGGUUCCCAACAAUAGAGCAAUAUAGAGUUAAUGGUGUGUGGUUUCAUCUUCACACAGCAGCCUCAGCAGUGCACAAGAGGAUCAACUAUAACUACUGGUCGCGGCGCGGUCAUGUCCUUCUCUGGGUCGCUAUAUCGGGAGGCCUGAUCUGAAGCCUGUGUAUGUUUGAUGUGAAGCAACAUCCAGAGAAGUGCCUCACAUCAAUAGGCUGCUGCAAGUCGAUAGAUGGACCGCUUCCUAGUUGUCGACUCUCAUGAUUAGCCUUUGUAGGAUCUGUACAAACAUUUGGUAUAGCCUGUUCGUUCUUAAAGAACCGAUUCUGUGUGGA